AUGGUGCGCCAGCGCAAGCCCGAGCUCAAAGGGCUGCCGCACUUCAACACCAAGCGUCAGACUACGACGCCACUCCCGUCGGUGCCAGAGGAGGGCGCUCGUAAGACGACAGAAUCGCCGACGGGCGCUGAGCCGAAGGACGACCCCAUGGUUGGCAUUGGUCAGACGGUUGGCAUUGGUCAGACGAAGACGACGUCAAGGUCGCCGUCGAGGUCAAGGAGCCCCAGUCAGACGAAUUACACUCCGACUGAGCCGGCUAUGACGCCAACCUCGCCGGUGUCGUCACCGUUCGAGGAAAACCCCAGAGAGCGUCUGACAGCGAUCGAGCCACGUCUGACGUUCAAGGCCGCGGCAAAGUCAGAGAGCGUGGCAUCGGGAUCGAAGGCAGCGGCGUCAGAUCCAAGGGCCAGGGGCAUUGAUGCGGACCUGGUGUCAGACUCACCAAUGCCAACCCCGGCAAAGGCCAAGCCGAAGACCCCCAGUGGGCCGUCAGACCACAAGGUCCAGGCCCCGGGUGCGAAUAAGAAGAACCAGAACAGACGGUGGAAGGUCAAGCCGACCACUGCUGUCAGACGAUGGUCAGCAGAACCAUGGACAUGGAGGCAGGGAGCAGCCCUCGUGACACUCUUUGUUAUUUCGCUUUGGCGGGCACAAGACGAGGACGUUGUGGAGAAUCCUUGUCUCAAGGUUUUGGAUCAAACAACUUCUCAGUAG